AUGGCAGAUAGGGCAGUUAAUCAUCCUCAUGGAGUUAUUGAGGAUGUAUUGCUAAAAGUGGGUAAAUUCAUCUUUCAUGCGGACUUUAUUCUUUUAGAUAUGGAGGAAGAUGAAAAUAUUCCAAUAAUACUUGGAAGGAAAUUCUUAGUGACUGGUAGGGCGUUAAUUAAUAUUCAAAAAGGUGAAUUAAAGCUGCGAGUGCAAAAAGAGGAAGUUAUAUUUAAAGUUUUUGCAGCAAUAGAAAUUCCAACGUGUUGUAGAGUUGAAGUAGGGAACCAAGGAGAGAACAAGUUGGAAGGCUCUAAGACAAGCUCCAUAGUGAAAACCAGAAUGAGGAAGGGGCAAAAUCGAUUAAAAAAGUACUAUAGUGAAAGAAUUCGAAUGUUAUAUGAGUGGGGGAAAGUACCACCAAUUUCUAAUCACAAGAAGCAAGGGCCAACUCAUGCUACUGUGGCUCUAAAGGAUGAGUGGGGUGGUCUUCACCCGACUUGA